CUGCUCUUCUGGCUGUGGGCUCACACACACAGAGAGAAGGCACGGAGAGACACACUGUAGCAACUGCAGGCAAUACAGCACAGGACAGACUGACAUACAGAUAUACAGAUACACUAUUUGUUUUCUCCAUAGUUAUUUAUUUCAUUAUUCCUCAAAAUACUGCUGGACCUCUAUGGCUUUGUUAGAUAUUAUAGGAGAAAUAUCAUUCUUGGUGGAUUUUGAUCUGAAUGAGUUCUAGAACUGGCUUAUGGAACUUGUGGACAGUAUAUCUACAGAUGUUUGGGAGUAGCUUGCUUUCUGUAAGCGGGUUCCGUCCGUUCUCUUGAGUUCUGGGACUAAGUUUUCGCUCCUUGGACUUUGGGACCAUCUGAGUUGAGUGGACUUGGACUUGGCCACCACCAGUGUGAGUAGUGACAACUCAGGACUUUGAAGUGUAGAGUUUUGGACCUGGCUGGCUUUCCGUCUAAAGUUUUUCGGAACAAGUGAUUUGUUUGUUUAGCCGUUCUGCUGACUUAUUCCUGGGGGACUCCCCCGGUCUGGACGUCCAGUCAUAGUAUACCAGAUCUGAGCACACCAGAACGCGUGUAUGUUGAGCGUGUUGAGGGUGAUGCCUCUGGACGUGGUCAUAGCCCCGGCGGAGGACUGUUUCUGGCCUGUCCUGCAGGAGUCAGACAGGAGGCUGAAGAUCAGAGUCCGCAGGACCAAGGAAGGGAGAGAGUUACGAGGUGUGUACUGACCCAGGCUGGGGGGGGGGGUCAACACAUGGGGGUAUUGGGCUAUGGGGGAGCUGGGGGCACAGGGGUAUGUUGCAGAGGUUGUGGGGUACAGCUCUACAAGGUACAAGGGUAUGGAAUUACGUGUGUACAACAGUAUUGGGGUAUUGGGGUUUGGCUUACUGACUGGAGAUCCAGGCAUCCCUUGAAGUAUGUGAUUCACAGAGGCUUGAAGAAAGAGAAUAAAAGAGAAGAUGUACAAUCACAAUAGAAGGAUUUAUCAGAAGGAUAGAAAGAGAUGACAGAGAACUAGAGAGAGCUCAGCUCUGCAGUAUGACAUAGUGCUCACUCUCUUUGCCUGUGGUCAUUGACAUGUAAAACUAUCACAAAGGCCUCUUUCUCUCGCAUUCUGCCUCUUUCGCUCUCUCUCUCUGGUUCUCCCACUCUCUCUUUCUUUUCUCUCUUUCUCUCUCUUCUGCAUUGACAGUUUUAUCGAUUUGUGUGUGCACUGAAGCCAGGUGUUUUAUAUUACACAUUUCACACAGCAGGAGUAGACAAUGCAGAGGUGUCGCUGUGUCUGUGUGUGUGUGUUCAGUUUCCAAGUGUGUGUGUGUGUGUUGCACAGUGUGCGCUGAUAUAAUGUACAGUUUGUAUAUUUCCAACAUUAUGUAUGUGUGUGUGUCUAGCUGUAUAUUAGAUGUGCUGAAGAGUGUGUAUGCUCUGCAUGUGUUUCAGUGCAGUGAGCUGGUUCAGUGCAGUUAGCCCAGCACUCAACACUUGGUCCUGUUCACACUGCGCUGCGCGUGCGUGUUCACGCCACGGCUUCAAGGCAGGAGCCGUCAAACUCGUUAGCCCAGAGAGAGACAAUUACACGUUUGUCAUCACCUGUUGAAAAUGGGCGGAAGGUAGCCUAGCGGUUAGAGCGUUGCGCCAGUAACCGAAAGGUCGCUAGUUGGAAUCCCAGAGUUGACAAGGUGAAAAAUCUGCCGAUGUACCCUUGAGCAAGGCACUUAACCCUAAUUGCUCCAGGGUCGCCGUUGAUAAUGGCAGACGCUGGCCAUGACCCCACUCUCCGAGGUUGUCUCAGGGAGAGUGGGAUAUGCAAAAAACACAUUUCCAAUUCCAAUGUAUUAAUACACACUUGUACAUGUGUGAAAAAGGACAAAUAUAGACACCCGCCAAAUUAUUAUUAUUCAAUAGAGGUGUUGUUAGUGUCACAGUGAUUAUUCUCAGACUGUGUUGCACUCAGAAGGUUAGCUGCCUGGCUGCUACAAACCAGCUUCACUACUUACACUCAAACACACAUAGCCACAUGCUAACGCUACCAUAACAUAACAUAGGCACAAACAGAUAGAUACUGGUUGCCCUUCAAUCCUCUACAUUGCAAUUUUGUUGUCCUUUGUGACAUGCUGAUCUAGUGGCUACCCUUGGCCCCCUGCUGCUUUAGCAGACUCUUUGUGGAGCAGAGUGGAGUGGGGCAUGUGUGCAGUGAUGUCAUAGUGGGGGGGGGGACAUAUUGAAAUGCUAAUGUCCCCUACAGAGCAGAGGGGACAGCUGGAGGGGCACAGAGGAUGGCGUCAUGUCUCCCCCAUAUGAAUGAUAGAAGUGAGGGAUGGAGGGAGGGCAGUCAUUCAGACAAAUCAAUUUCCCCGGGGUGGAGAAGGGAGGGGGAGUGUACGUGCGUGCGUGUGCACAGUGAUGGGCAUAAAUUACAAAAUACAACUACAAAAAUACCCUAAAGACCAACGUAUUAAAAUAAAAUACGAUACUUUUGCAAAGUAUUGUACUUAAUAAAAAUAGAUGUAUUUUGUAUUUUAAAAUACAAAAAUACAAUUGCAAGUAGCCGGACGAACAGCAACAACAUACUCAGUAAUUGUUACAGGAACGUCUUACUUGCUAUGACUGUGAUAUCUUGUUGUUUAUCUACCUUAGUUGAAUUCACUGUCACUCUGGAUCACUGGGUAAUGUCAUUGGCCUUGUUUCGGGGCGGAGCUUAUUAGAGUAAUAAUCAGCAUGUUUUGCGAUUGUUAAUUUUUAAAUAUACAUUUAUAUUUAGUUCAUUUAGCAGUGCCAUCAGACUUUUGAUACCAAUGUAGGGUGAAAGGGGGCCACAAAAUAUAUUGUAUCGUUUUUGGUAUUUUGACAAUAGAAAUUACAGCUUUCAAAAGUAUGUUGUUACAAAAUACAUUGGAGUGUAGUUCAGCCCAGUGUAAUACAACAUACAAAAUACUUAGAAGUAAUUCAAAUACGUAUUUCAAAUACAUGUAACAGAAAUACUGCCCAUCUCUGCAUGUGCAUGUGUGUGUUCCCGUCCAUUAAGGCAUAAUGCUGCUGAAAGCCUCUCAGACACGACACACACAGAGAUGGUUUGGUAUUGAGGGCCAGUCAAUAGUACCAACAGCGUAUAUUAACAGACAGAUCGGAGAGCGAACCUCGAAGAGAGGCUGCCUCUGAAGAGGAGAGAGAACGGGACAGAGAUGAGAUAUCAUCCUCUAGCGCUCGCAACAUCUAUCUCAUACUCUCUCUCUCUGAUCUCAUAGUCUCUCUUCUCUCUCUCUCUCUCUCUCUCUAUCUCUCUCUCUCUCUCUCCUCUCUUCUCCUCUCUCUCUCUCCUCAUCUCUCUCUUCUCUCUCUCCCUCUCAGUGAUUUCAGGCCAUAUAAAUAGACCUCUUAUCAUAACUGAGACUGUUUGUAGUAGUGGAGAAUGUGAUUUGUUUUGGUGAAAAAGCAUUUGUGCUGCUUUCCAAAUAUGGCAACACACAAGCUAUGUGUUCUGUGGAUAAGGGAUCCUUUGUCCCCAUGAACUUGCUACAAAUAAAAGCUUUCCAUUUCAUUCAACUAUACAUUGAUAGAUGUUGAUAUGUUACACAUAUAAACAUGUAUUUCUUUAUGAACUUCAUUCAUAUGUGUAGCAUCUUGAUUUGUGUACAUUACCCUACUUCCCUAAGAGUUCCCUGUGUAGGGAUAGGGAUAUAAAGAGAAUGCGAGAGAGAGAGACCAUUCAGUAAACAAGGGAGGGCCGGGGCGCUCUGAGAGAGGAGAGAAAAAAAGCCAUGACAUAAUGGGUGGGGAAGUGGGGAAGUGGGGGAGUGGGGGAGUGGGUGAGAGCAAAGAGGAAGUCAACGCUGGCUGGUGAAGCUGAUUGCGACACAUUGCCCUCUUUCCCCGUGCCCAGUGAGUUGGCUACCAGACUGAAAGGUGGCUACUCAACAGCCAGGGUCAGUUUGUCUAUUUAGCUGAUAAUGGUGAAAGUGAGACCCUGGGGAACAGGCAACUGGUCCUAGAACAUUUGUUUUAGCUAGAAACUAAGUGGACCAGGAGCCUCAAACAGAACAGGCUGUAGUCUGAGGUGGCAUGCAUCCCAAAUGGCACCCUAUUCCCUAUGUAGUGCACUACCUUUGACCAGAACCAUGGGCCCUGGUCAAAAGUAGUGCACUACAUAGGAAAUAGGGUGCCAUUUGGGAAGCAGACCUGGUCUGUGACUGUGUUUGGUAAUCAGACUGAAGGUGAUCUCAGCGCUUACAGACAGUUGACUUUAUGAUGUCAUCUCAUCAGACAGCUGGACCUGAGUUUGUCAUGGGUAUUUUCAAUGAUGUGGGUUUGGAUUGGAAUGGAGAGAUGUGUCAUCCGGUACUGUUGGGGGAUGUGAGUGCAUGUCUCUCUGGCACAUCAUCAGGUACUCAGAGUGUGUGUGCGCAUGGUGGGUGUUUCCAUAGUGACAGCACCCCAGGGACAAUAGGCUCAACGGUCGGCCACAUCGUCCCGUGUUGUUGCCAUAGCAACGUUAAGUCUGAAGGUCAGGUGACCGGUGACAGUGAGUGUGUUAUCAGUGCUGACUAAGAGCCCAAGAACACAGCACAGGACCACUGUAAACCUUUGGACAGCCCAGUGGUGUGUGUGUGUGUGUGUUGAAGCAACGUUGCUGAAACACAAUAGCCCUCAAUAGACCCAGGCACACAAUCCUGUUGUAUUAUCUCUGCUGUCUGUACCUGAGGAGAAGGAGAGUAGGUCGUUUUGCACAAAGGCAGCACUAGCUAGUGAACACACACUGUCCCAUGCUGACCUUAUCCUCUCAACAACUCUCUAAGAAUGUCCUCUAAUGAAAAGGGAAAUGUUUCUUACGUGACGUGUGUUUUCCUGUUUAUCUAUAGCGUUUUUCAGGAACACACUCCUUCCUCAGUCAGAGGAGCUUAGAGAGAGAGAGCAUGAGCACACACAACCAGGAAGAUAGCCUUCAAAGAACAACCUGAAAGAGAUCCUUCCUUCCUUCCACUGUUCUGUUCUAUGUAGUGUGAAUAAAGUGCAUAUGGAGGAAGGGUGGCUUUGAAUGAGGAAUAUUACAGGAGUUAAUUAUAUCUGUGCAGUCAUAGACUCCUGCUGAAAUUAAGUGUUCUAAUUGAGGGAAGAGGGACUCCCUUAGUAAUACAUUUACAUUUUAGUCAUUUAGCAGACGCUCUUAUCCAGAGCGACUUACAGUUAGUGAAUACAUAUAUUUUUUUUUAUACUGGCCCCCCGUGGGAAUCGAACCCAACGCUGGGCGUUGCAAACACCAUGCUCUAUCAACUGAGCUACAUCCCUGCCGGCCAUUCCCUCCCCUACCCUGGACGACGCUGGGCCAAUUGUGCGCCGCCCAUGAGUCUCCCGGUCGCGGCCGGCUGCGACAGAGCCUGGAUUCGAACCAGGAUCUCUAGUGGCACAGUUAGCACUGCGAUGCAGUGCCUUAGACCACUGUGCCACUCAGAGCACACUCUUUCUGUCCCUAUUUUUCUUUCUUUCUCUCUUUCUCUCUCUGCCUGCCGACUGCAUGUGGAGAUGUGAUGUCAUCUUUUUGCCGUUGCCAUUAAUAGCUGGAAACAGGCAGGCCCUCCUCUCAAUCUCUUAAAGAGACGGGCGCCAGAUAUAGCCAUCUGUCUGCCUGCCUAUCGUGGGUCAGAAUACACUCUGCUCUCACUGACUCCACUACGACCCAUAUUCAGGACAGCAGCACUUUGGUGUGUACCUCUGUAGCUCAGCUGGUAGAGCACGGCGCUUGUAACGCCAAGGUAGUGGGUUCGAUCCCCGGGACCACCCAUACACAAAAAUGUAUGCACGCAUGACUGUAAGUCGCUUUGGAUAAAAGCGUCUGCUAAAUGGCAUAUUUAUUUAUUUUAUUUAUGUGUGUGUGUAUGUGUGUGUGUGUGUGUGUGUGUGUGGCGGUAGGCCAGAUUGGGGCAGGCAGGGCUGAACCUAGAUUAAGUUUUAAUCCUUCUGCUGGGGCUCAGGGUUUCCUUGAAGCACUCCUUCUCCUUCCCUCCCUCCUUCUCUUCGCUCCCCCCCCUCCUUUCCUUGCUCGGCGAGGUCAUUCACUCUCCUCCCCCCUUAGCCUGCCCAGAAGUUAUACAACUGUGGUAAUGCAGAGUAAUGAUGAGUGAGUGUGUGAGUCAGAUUUAGAAAGCGAGAGUGAGCAAAUGUGUAUGUAAGAUUGUCUUUGUGUGGUUUUGCGUGUGUAUGCAUGCUUCUGUAGAAACGACUGUGGUGUGUGUGUGUUUGCGUACUGCACGGUUGUGUGCGCGCUGGAUGCGCAUGUGUGUGCAAUUUGUAUGCUGUGCGCGCGCAUGGGUGUGUGCGCUAGUGUGUGUGUGUGUGUGUGUGUACUGCGCGGUCGUCAGGAGGAUGUUACAGGGCCUCUGUGCUGGCCCUGCACCUGUGGCCUCUCUCAUUCCCCAGCCCUGACGCAAUUCUCUGCUACAGGACAUGAGCUCAUACAGGAAACAGAGUCGCACACACACAUAGUCUCUAACACACACUAACACACACACAGGCCAAAAGUGGAGCCGCCUGCUCUUAAAGGGCCAGCUACACACAUUCCUCACUGCCCAGCAGCCAAACGAACUCCCAGUCAAAGAUGGCAGCAGAGAAAGUUUUCCUACUGAGCUGGGAGCAGAGACACUAUCCCACAUUCUAUCUCCAACUGUUAUCUACAAUAUGUACACAGUUUCAAAUGGUUAGGCGAUGUUGUUGGAACACCCGUUUGUAAUGUAAGGGGAUUCAGUGCACAGAGAGAUACUGUGUAUUGAGUUGUGAGUUCUGUAUGUGCAGCUGAACCAAGUGCCGUGGCUCCCAAACGUUUGCCAAUUUGGGGAAAGUUGUAUUGUAGAGUAUAACUGACCUAUUUUUUCCUGUUUCUCUCUCUUUCUCCUGUAGGGGGCUUUGCUGCGUUCUCCUCCUGUUUCCCCGGGCUGUGUGAGGGCAAGCCAGCUUUGCCUAUGAGCAUAUCCCAGCCCUGCCUACCUGUAGCUAAUGUAGGCCCCACACGCAUCCUACCACACCUCUACCUGGGAUCGCAGAAAGACGUCCUCAACAAGGUGAGCCCAUAGCAGAGAAGGGGGAAUAUGGACAUGUAUUUAUUCAUCACUGCCACAGUUGUUAUUAUGUAUAUAGUGCUAUAUAUAUAUAUAUAUAUAUAUAUAUAUAUAUAUAUAGUUUUAUAUUACCAUUUUCAUUAUUUUAUUUCACUAGUCCUGCAUGUACCCUGCAAUCACACCUGCAACCCUAUCCAUGUGACUAUUAAACACUCGGAAUCGGAAAUAGAGGGAAUGUGAGCGGAAACUAAGUAUAACAGUGUGUUACCUUUGCUGUCAUUUUUGUCUGUUAUUGCCUUUUCUAACAGUCCCCUGUCUGUGUCUCUUUGUGUCUGUAGGACCUGAUGGUUCAGAAUGGCAUCACGUACGUGCUGAAUGCCAGUAACACCUGCCCCAAGCCUGACUUCAUCAGCGAGAGCCACUUCAUGCGGAUCCCUGUCAACGACAACUACUGCGAGAAACUACUGCCCUGGCUGGAGAAAACCAAUGAAUUCAUCGGUAAGUCAAGAUUCUCUGUGUGUCUUUGUAUGUGCAGAGAAUAUGCACUAGUAAUAUGCACUAGUAAUAUGCACUAGUAAUAUGCACUAGUAAUAUGCACUGGUAGCCCGAGCAGUAGUGUGUCACACAACAUAGUGAAACAGCCCUCCUAUUCAAAAUAUCACAUAAUCACAAUGUAUAGCACCAUAAAAUUAUCCUUGUUUUCACAAGUUGUACUAGAACACAUACAAUAAAAGACAUCAAUAGCGACACUCCCAAAGCGAGGUUAAUUGCCAUUCCUGUGCUGAACAGGAAGUGGCGGAUUGUUUUCAAUGGGCUUUCCAUUCUCUCAGGAGACUCUCUGUUCUAACUAAUUCUGUUCCUGGGUGUUGUGUACAGCUGUGUGUGUUCACACGUGUUUGUUCCCCCCUCCCACAGACAAAGCCAAGGUGUCAAACUGCAGAGUCAUCGUGCACUGCCUGGCUGGAAUCUCACGCUCGGCAACCAUCGCCAUCGCAUACAUCAUGAAGACAAUGGGCCUGUCAUCGGAUGACGCCUACAGGUGCACUCUCUCUCCCCCCCCCCGACGCACCCCGCCACUCCAGCUGAGCUUAAGUUUCAGCGUCUUUAAAAAGGCGACUCAGUGUUUGAGGAAACGCUAGACACUCAUCUCUACUCCCCAGUCGUGAGAAAUGAAAUUGUUAUGGUUGCCAGAGGAACUGUACAAAAGUGUACAAUAGGAACUAGCUGUGCUGUCUGGAGAACAUAGACCUAGGAUAAUAUUUUCAGUUAGUUCACACCAGUUCAUCUGGGGGUAACCUGCUACUUUAAGGGAUACUUCAGGAUUUUGGCGAUGAGCCACUUUAUCUACUUCCCCAGAGUCAAAUUAACUAAUGGAUUUGUAUGUCUCUGUGUGCAGUUUGAAGGAGGUUGCUAACAAGCGCUAGCACAAUUAGUAACUAGCGUUAGCGCAAUAACUGGAAGUCUAUGGGUAUCUGCUAGACCCAUAGACUUCCAGUCAUUGCGCUAAUGCUAGUUAGCAUUUGCUCACGAAACUACCUCUAACUUCCUUCAUACUACACACAGAGACAUAAAAAUGGUAUCCACGAGUUCUUCUGACUCUGGGGAAGUAGAUAAUUGCCAAAAUCACAAAGUAUCCCUUUAAAUGCAUGCUACCCAACAAUAAAUAUUAGGUUCACACAGGAAGUAGCUUAGAGGAACUUUACAAAAUAUUUGUAUGGCUUUACUUUGGAACUGGAUCCCCAACUCUAACUGGAACUAACAUUUCGCUCACUUGUUUCUCCCCUGACCAGGUUUGUGAAGGACCGGCGGCCUUCGAUAUCACCCAACUUCAACUUCCUGGGCCAGCUGCUGGAGUUCGAGAAGGGGCUGCGGCUCCUCCAGGCGCUGUCGGAUGACAAGACCUCAGAGGGCAAAGGUCAAUCCCAGGGUUCAGAGAUCAACGGGGUCAGCUCAGGGUCAGAGGUCAACGGUCAUCAUGACUUUUCAUUAGCAGAGCCCCAGACCCCUCCAGAACCCAAGCUCCCCUCGCCGACGUCCCUCCAGCAGGGCUUCAACGGCCUCCACCUGUCGGCCGAGCGCAUCCUGGACACCAACCGGCUGAAGCGCUCCUUCUCCCUGGACAUCAAGUCUGUCUACUCCCCUAGCAGCCCCCACUGCCUGCGCCUGGCAGCGCCCACACACUCCGAGGACGUGCCCAAGCUGUGUAAACUGGACAGCCCCCCUGUCAAUGGUGUCUGCCCCCAGUUCUCCACCGCCCCAGACAGCCCCGGCUCAGCUGAGUCGCCCUUCCCCUCCCCGGGGUGCGGCGGCAGCAUCGGAGGUCUCGGCGUCGGGGGUCCCAGUGAAGGGGGCGUUCGCUCUGGAGGUCCCUCAUCGUCCAGGCCCAGGAGGAAAGCCAAGCACAGCUCUGGAUCUGGUGGAGCUGGAUCCACAGGCAGCUCCCCGGUCCACUCUUACCUCCCACACCCCCAGUCCCUCAGCCUGGCUCUGGGACGUUCCCUGCCCGUCCACAAGAGCCCCAGCCUGGACGACAGCCUGAAAGGCUCCAUGCUUCUCUCCCUGCCCACCAUGGGAUCUGGGACCAUAUGGACCAAACACAGAGACACAGUCCAGGCGACCACCCCAGUCACCCCUACCGCCGACGCCCCCUGGUACUUUGGGGCAGAAGAGGUAGGGGAAGGAGGGAUGGAACUCGGAGGAGGCGGUGGAGGAGGGGUGGAAGUGCGAUUCGGAAGCAGCUCAGCGUACGUGGCGUUCGGGUUGUAGCGAAGGGGUGCGGCUACGGGAGAAAGCGCCGCGGGACAAAACAGCAUCGUCGUCGUCGUCAGCGUCACCAUCACAGCGGGACUCCUCGACGACCGUCGCUAACGGGACGGUCUCCAACGGCAGCGAGAAGCAGUUCAAGCGGCGCAGCUGUCAGAUGGAGUUUGAGGAGGGCAUCUCUGAGACACGUUCCCGGGAGGAGCUAGGGAAGAUCGGGAAGCAGUCCAGCUUCUCCGGGAGCAUGGAGAUCAUCGAGGUGUCCUGA